GUGCUUCUCUGCUGUAACUUUUGAUCCGCCCCUCGCCACGCCCUCAGCCACCAUGAAGAUCGCCUUCGUUCUCGCCGCCGUCGUCGCCGUCUCCUCCGCCCGCAUGGCCUACCAGCUGACCGCAGGCUUUGAGGACAUCGUGGGGCAGCCCGUGCAGACCUUCACCUGCGACGGACGCCCCUACGGCUACUACGCCGACAUCGACAACGACUGCAAGCUCUUCCACGUCUGUGUUCCCGUCGUCGAUGAGCUGGGACAGGCCACUGGCACCGACCACUUCUCCUUCAUCUGCGGCAACCAGACCGUCUUCAACCAGGAGUCCCUUACUUGCACCGACCCCAUUGAUGCAGUGCCUUGCAAUGAGGCUGCAACACUCUACGACAUCGUCAAUGCUGAAUUCGGCAGGAUACCCGAACAGGAAUUCCAGAACUAAGGAUAUAUAUAAUUUUUUCUGAUUAUGGAAGAAAGACGAUUUUAUCUUGUGGGGUAAAAAAAAAAAAAAAAAAAAAAAAAGAAAUGUGGAAAAGAGUGUAUAUUUUGGAUGUUCAAGAUUUAAAAGAUUUUAGAGUAAAUUUAGGUUGUUAAGAUUGUCGAAAAAAAAAAGUUGUCAGAAUUUGUGAUAUUUUCUUUAUUUUUUGGGUGUUUCUAACAGUGUGAAAUUUUUGUUUUCUUUUGGGUUUUCUGUCAGUCGUAGGUUUUCCAAAAUAGGCUCUUUUGUCCAGUGCAUCUAGGCUAGUCUUGUUCUUUACGAGACCUCAGUGUAAAAGAAUAAGAAAAAACUCAGUGAUGGGUAUGCCUAUAUACAAUGUAUAUAUUUUUGCAUAAAAUACAUGAAACUUUUGCCUUGGGUGAGGGAACGGCACCAACUUUUCAUUAAAGUUCAAAAUACCAUUA